AUGAAACAAAGAAGCCAUACAUCGACCAACUAUGCAUCUUUGGGAGGUUUUGAUGUAAGAUGCAGCACAAUCAGGAAGAAUCGAGACGGGGAAGUAGAAGUCAAGUAUUUGUUGUGUUCUAGGGAAGGGCACACAGUCAGCGAAACAGAUGGGUCCAAAACUGCUAGUGAGGACAUCACACCAAACACAAACACCCGACGACGAGUAUCAAACCGGGUGGGUUGUAAGGCAAGAUGUGGCAUUAGGCGGCGCAAAGAUGGAUACUAUGUGGUGACCGCAUUGCAAGAACAACACAACCACCCCCUCUGCUCAGAAUUAGCAAGACCAUUCCUGAAGAUAAACCGUACUUUGGAUAUUGGACAUCAAGAAUUCAUAGCAGCCUGUGCAAAAGCCAACAUAGGGACAUCAAAAGCAUUCGACCUAUACAAAGAACUAACAGGUGGUUUUGAUCAAAUUGGGGCAACACGUGUGGACUUUAGAAAUUGCAGAAGAGACGUAAAUGCACAGCUACAUGAAGCCGAUGCGCAAGCAGUGAUAGACAAAUACAGGCAAAAACAUAUAUUGUUUCCAUCCUAUACAUUCGAGUAUGAUGUAGACGAAGAAAACCGACUACGAAGACUAUUCUGGGUUGACCCAAUAGCCAAAGAGAACUACAAACAGUUUGGAGAUAUGGUCUCUUUUGAUGCUACAUACCGCACCAAUAGGUACAAAAUGGUAUUCGUGCCUUUUACUGGGAUUGAUAACAACAAGCGAUGCGUGACUUUGGCAGCAGGGCUCAUCUCAAGAGAGGAUAAACACUCUUAUGUAUGGCUACUUAACCAAUUCAAGCAUAGCAUGGAUCAUACACCUACCUGCAUAAUAACAGAUCAAGACCCAGCAAUGAAGGAAGCAAUACCACAGGUGUUCCCCGAGACAAGGCACCGUUUCUGUAUGUGGCACAUCAUGACAAAAUUGGGAGAAAAGGCGGGUGCGAAAUUAGCCAAAGACGAAACAUUCAGGAAGAAAGUAAAUGCAGUGGUGUGGAACGAAUCUCUAGGGCGUGAAGAUUUUGAGACAAACUGGCACGCAGUAAUGGUAGAGUACGGCCUAGGAAACAACAGUUGGUUCACACAACUGUUUGACGGGAGAAAGAAUUGGAUAGAGGCAUACUUCAGCGACGUUUUCAUGGGUGGACUUAUGCGAACAACAUCAAGGUCCGAGGGCGAAAACAGUAUAUUUGGAGCAUGUAUCAAUAAGGGUGGAACACUAUUAGAGUUCUUCACACAAUUUGAAAGUGUGAUUGAAACGCAACGUCACAAGCAAUCACAAUUAAUUGCAGAGUCUGAAGCCUCAUUCCCACCUACAAAGACACCACUAAUGAUUGAGAAGCACGCAGCAUCCAUAUACACAAUUACACUAAUGAUUGAGAAGCACGCAGCAUCCAUAUACACAAUUACAAUGUUUUACGAUGUCCAAACAGAGAUACACGAAGGGUGCUUCUCAUGCAAGAUCACAAACAAAGACCAUGAAGGAGAUAAGUAUGUGUACACAAUAAAGGAAGAGAAAACAAGGAAUUUUACAGUGAAAUAUGAAAGAGCAAACAAUGAAGUCGAGUGUUCAUGUGGCAAGUUCACCAAGUUGGGGAUUUUAUGCAGGCAUGCAUUUGUAGUUUUAAAGGAUGAGGAUGCAGAAACGAUACCACCAAAGUACAUAGUUCCAAGGUGGACCAAAAAUGCAAGGGCACACAACACAAGCUCAGUCGGCACAGACCAAAGUGCAACAUGCAAUAAAGAAGCAGAUGGCGUGAAACUAGCAGCACAACUGUGGAAAGAAUUCUACAACUGCAUGGCACUAUCAAAGGGGGACAUGCCAGAGAUGAAAGAAAUGUUGAACUUUAUGCUGGAACACAAAGGUAAACUGUUAAAGAGCAAAGGGAAGACACAGAAUAAAAGCAACAACAGUCAGUUACUGGAGACCUUUUAUGGCACACCUGCAAGCACUACCAUAACAGUGAAGCCACCACAGAUAUCAAAGAACAAAGGAAGCGGGAAGCGUUUAAAGAGUGCACGCGAAAAAGCAAUAGAAAAGAAGAAGAAAGAUGGGCGGAAGUGUCAUUAUUGUGAUGAACAACCAGCCCGACAUGACUUCCGUAAUUGUCCCCUCAACCCAAACAAAAAGAAGAAGCAAAAUAAGAAACUGAAGGCAUAG